AUGCCGGAUACUGGUGGAGAGUCGCUAUUGACUGACCUUUGCGCCAUUUGUCAUGCAAACCCAAUCAAGUAUACCUGCCCACGGUGUGGCAUACACACAUGCUCUCUCCCCUGCGUGAAGCGCCACAAGACUUGGGCUCAAUGCUCCGGAAUUCGCAACCCUGCUGCCUACCGAAAGAGGGCCGAUUUGGCAACGCCGGCUUCGGUUGACCAAGACUUCAACUUCAUUACAUCGGUGGAAAGAUCCCUGCAAAAGGCUGAUGACUUGCCCCUAAACAAGGACAAAGCCUUGGCUCCGAGCGGGCUACGACGUCAAGAGCAUGGAUCGAAGAAGGGAAAGUUCGAAACCGAGGUUGAGGAAAGAGGCAUUCAACUUGUCAGGGCUCCUCAUGGACUAUCCCGGCACAGACAGAACAAGUCACGUUGGUACGGAAAAGAAAACUGUAUCAUGUGGACUACAGAAUGGAUACACCACGAUGGGACGACGAGAACACAGAAUAUCCUCGAGUCAAAACCGGUGGGAAAAGCAUUCGUCGAGUGCUUCGGUAAGAAUGCCCUGCUAAGAAAGACGAAAAGGAAACGCAGUGACACUGAACCUGCAAAUGUGCCGGCUACAAAAGAUGAUACUCUUGUGAUCCAGGCAACUCGCGAGGAGACCGCACAAGAUGCUGCCCCAGCAGAGAAAGAUGUUCCUCCUGAGGAACCUGUCAAUGAUGAUGCGGUUCCUAUUCAUGAAGGGCCACAGGCCCCUACCACCUCUGCUGGAGCAGCAACGAAAACACAAGGAUCCGAUGCGACAGACUUGCCAAGUAACAUUCAUUUCUACCUACUCAGACCCAUGACCACUGCGAAAUUAAAAUGUCUGAUACCAAUAUCACAGAGAUCAACACUGAAGGACCUCCUUCAGGGCCGGACGAUGCUGGAGUUCCCGACCAUCUAUGUCAGACAGGAACCACCAGAGGCACUAGCCGAACCCUUCAUAACCGAAGAGAAGUACGACGACCAUUACGGCAAAGAGAUACCGAUCUCGCUUCCGGCCUAUGCUCCCAACGACACUCAUCUCAACGAACCACCUACCUCAUUAGACGACAUUGACGAGAAAAAGGUAUUAGAAGUCCUGCAGAAAGACCUCACAAUUUGA